GUGAGCAUACGAAGAUGGUGGAAGUUUCGUCUUCCGAGAAGUGAAGCCCCGACUGAAAUCCAAACAGUCUGCAUACUGAGGGCUGCGAGUUCACUUCAGCGUUACCACCUUUGUUUUACACUCUCCCUUCGGACCCAGGCAUUCAUUCCAGCCCUAUGUCAUGGACAGUGGAGUGACCAAGUCAGGCACUUCCAAUGGUUAUCCUAUGAAAGCACAGCUACAAAUCAUUGUGCUAUCAGCAAAACUGAAAGAGAACAAGAAAAACUGGUUUGGUCCCAGUCCGUAUGUGGAAGUGACAGUUGAUGGCCAGUCCAAGAAAACUGAGAAAUGCAACAACACCCACAGCCCCAAAUGGAAGCAAGCACUCACUGUGAUUGUGACUCCAUUCAGCAAACUGGUGUUUCGCGUGUGGAGCCACCAGACCCUGAAGUCAGACGUAUUGCUGGGCGUGGCCAUGCUGGAUGUCAGUGACACUCUUAAGUCUAACGACAUGAAAAUCUCUGAAGUGGUGCAGACUUUACAGCUGUAUGCAGACAGAGGCCAGUCAGAUGUGGUGGGAGACCUGUCUGUCUGCCUGGACGGCAUGACCGUCGACCCUGAGAUGUUUGCCACGGCCGAGGCUGACCGUCACAGUACAUCAAAUGGAGAAUCACAGCCAAAUGGAGACCAUGUCAUCAGGCAGAGUCGAGACAACUCUCCAGCUGUGGAUGGUGUGGAGCACCGGUCUUCUCCUUGCGGACGGAGAUCAGUCAACAGCACAGGGUCUCCCUCAGUGUCAUCAGGGGGCUCAAGGCCUCUCCGACCACCCAGGCCCUCCAGACCUCCUCCUCCAACCCCCCACAGGCCCACCUCUUCACCAGCAUCUUCCAGCAAUGGCUCUGCACCAGCUGAUGGCAGUGAUGGUCAGUCCGGUUCUGAUACGCCGGUUCGAACACCAGCCUCAGGACCAUCAUCAGCCUCAGACUCAAGUCCAUCGGCAGGCUCAGACAGAAACUCCACAUCAGCCUCCGGCUCUGGAGCUGCAGCAACCAGACAGCCAACCAGCAGUAUCACCCCUGCUGCCACGCCCAGGGUUCCUGUUGUCAACCCUGGACCGUUGCCCCCUGGGUGGGAGCAGAGGGUGGAUCAGAACGGCAGGGUUUAUUUUGUCGAUCACGUGGAAAAGAGAACAACGUGGGAACGCCCUGAACCAUUACCCCCUGGCUGGGAGCGUCGCGUCGACCAGAUGGGGCGGGUCUACUUUGUUGAUCACAUCACGCGAACCACUACGUGGCAGCGCCCCACGAUGGAGACGGUGCGUAACUACGAGCAGUGGCAGCACCAGCGCAGCCAGCUACAGGGUGCUAUGCAGCAGUUCAACCAGAGGUUCAUAUUUGGGCUACAGGACCAGGUCUCAGCCACUCAGAAUAAAGAGUAUGAUCCCCUUGGGUCUCUGCCGCAUGGAUGGGAGAAGAGAACUGACACGAAUGGCAGAGUUUAUUUUGUACAUCACCCUACACGGACAACACAGUGGGAGGACCCACGAACACAAGGGUUGCUGAAUGAGAAGCCACUUCCAGAGGGCUGGGAGAUGAGGUUUACUGUAGAUGGUAUUCCCUACUUCGUAGAUCACAACAGGAGAACGACCACCUACAUUGACCCUCGCUCUGGAAAAUCCUCACUUGAAAAUGGACCUCAGAUCACCUACGUUCGAGACUUCAAGGCCAAAGUACAGCACUUCAGAUUCUGGUGCCAGCAACUCUCAAUGCCUCAACACAUCAAGAUCACUGUAUCCAGAAAAACGCUGUUUGAGGACUCUUUCCAGCAGAUAAUGAGCUUCAACGCUCAAGAUCUGCGAAGGAGACUUUGGAUCAUCUUUCCUGGAGAGGAAGGCCUUGACUAUGGAGGUGUUGCCAGGGAGUGGUUCUUCCUGCUGUCCCAUGAGGUUCUGAACCCCAUGUACUGUCUGUUUGAAUAUGCCGGCAAAGAUAACUACUGUCUCCAGAUCAACCCUGCAUCCUACAUCAAUCCUGACCACCUCAAGUAUUUCAGGUUCAUUGGACGCUUCAUUGCCAUGGCACUUUUCCAUGGGAAGUUCAUCGAUACUGGUUUUUCACUGCCAUUUUAUAAGCGCAUUCUGAACAAGCCGUUGGCCGUAAAAGACCUGGAGUCAAUAGACCCAGAGUUCUACAGCUCCCUCAUGUGGAUCAAGGAUAACGACAUCGAGGAGUGCGGGCUGGAGAUGUUCUUCUCCGUUGACAAAGAAAUCCUGGGGGAAAUCUCCACUCAUGAGCUGAAACCGGGAGGAGGAGACAUCCAGGUCACUGAGGAGAACAAGGAGGAGUACAUCAGGCUGGUAGCAGAGUGGAGGCUUUCCAGAGGAGUGGAGGAACAGACUCAGGCCUUCUUUGAGGGCUUCAACGAGGUCCUCCCUCAACAGUACCUGCAGUUCUUUGAUGCUAAAGAGCUUGAGGUGAUGCUGUGUGGUAUGCAGGAGAUCGACCUCACAGACUGGCAACGAAACAGCAUCUACAGACACUACGCCCGAAGCAGCAAACAGAUCAUCUGGUUCUGGCAGUUUAUAAAGGAGAUGGACAAUGAGAAGAGGAUGAGGCUGCUGCAGUUUGUCACCGGUACCUGUCGUCUGCCUGUAGGAGGCUUUGCUGACCUCAUGGGAAGCAAUGGUCCUCAGAAGUUCUGUAUCGAGAAAGUGGGCAAAGAAAACUGGCUUCCCAGAAGUCACACAUGCUUCAACAGACUGGACCUGCCACCCUACAAGAGCUAUGAGCAGCUGAAGGAGAAGCUGAUGUUUGCCAUAGAGGAGACCGAAGGCUUUGGACAGGAGUGAGAGGAAACCAGGACAAGUUCAAAUGGUGGGUGCAGGAGUUCAAUUCAGGGAGCCUCUUCAGAAAAGGACGGGCGUUUCAGGUGUUAACACACAACUGUGUGGUGCUUCUGUGGGUUUAUGUGUGAGACUUUUGUGUGCAUGUUGUUGAAUGAGCUGGGAUAUACGUCUACCACGAGCUCCAUGAUCGCUGCAGGCCUCUCGAUGCUUGAUUGGUACAUGAAAAAUUCUUUUUAACCAAAACACGGAAACUGCUUCCGUCUCUCAGAAUGUGCAGCAAAUUCUGCAUGGGAUCAUGAAAACUCAUCCUGUAUGACAUCUGCUUGGUGGGACUGCAGUAGCCAUUCACUCUUCACAUGCGAUCAUGUCACGGCAGAUAACAGGGUGGCCUCGGACUUGUAGCUUCUAACAGGCGUGUCUUGACAAGUUGUCUUCGACUAGUUAACUAAGUUGCUCUGCAUUAAAGCAUCUGGAAAAUGUCAACGUAUUGCAUUUUAAGGCAAGGUUGAGAGGGUAUUCUUUUUCUAAUUUCACCAAAAAGUAAACUUUGUUGCUCUAAGAUUGUUUGUUGCAUUUCACUGAGUUACAUCCACUUUUAGAAUCGCCUCCUCAUCAUAUUAUCAAUUCUUACUGAGUUUCAUCUGUACUCAUAUCUAAGGUGUGUCCUUUUUUAAAGUCAACUGUGAUACAUUGCAAUAAUAAGUUGAUAGUUCUGACUUAGUGAAUUUAUAAAAAGGGAUGCUCUAAAUUAACGCUUCAGUAACAGACAAUCCCGGUGCUUCAAAGAGAUUUGAGAGGCAUGCAACAAGAGGUAUAAUUUUUGUAUUGUUGGUUUGAUCUGUCAAUCACUUAGUGAUUGUGAAAAGUGUUGUUACCGCCAUUAUUUCUAGUGGUGAGAAAUGUGGAAGACCUCAACGGAACUUUAACCGAUCCUAGUUUUAUAGGGUUGGAGUUCGUACGCUGUGAUGUGGAAUUGGACAUCUUGGAUGAGAGUAUAUUGGGAGAAGUCAUUCAGCUCAAUAUCAGCUUCAAAGACAUUUUAUACAUUCUUUCUUUUAAUUUUUGAUCUUGUUAAAAAAAAAAAGAUCCUGAACUUGAACCAAGUAUGAUAAGGUGGCGUUCAGCACAUUCAGCACCCAAGAUGUGUUUGAUGUGUCAGAAUACAAACACAAAGUGAAAAGCCCCAAAUCCAAGUCAAACCAAAUCUUAACUCCCCAAACACUAAAUUCACAAGAAAAAUAAAUCCAGUUUGUCUGAGUUUAAAAAGCUGUCAAAAUGAUGCUGUGCCGUAUUUGAAACUAUUGUCUUCCCUUUUACACUUAAAGUAACAUUUUACCUCUGAGUAUUUUCGCUUUGUAACACUCAAAAUUCCUCUGAUGUCUUUGCAGUUUUAUGCACAGAGAUACUGCUUCAAAUCUAUUUCUGAGACAGUUAAAAUGUUUUCCUUUUUCAAAUGUGUUCAAGAUGCGAAGUUGCGUGAAGUUUCUCGCUGUUGCUUAUGGAUCCCAAUGACAGCUUACUUUGUGUGUGCAUAAUCAAACCUGUAAAUGCUUUACCACUGUGAAAUGCAACAUUGAGUGUAAAGAAACAGUCUUUCUGUUAUAACUGCAAACACCUGUUUGGUUUAGUUUGGCUGACAUUACACAUGUCGCUUAAAGAAUGUGAUUAAUCUGAUUUAUCUAUAUGAAAUAAAAACGCCAGGAAUUGUGGUUGAUUUUUUUAUUUUUUUUUUUAAGAGUGUUUUUUUAAUUAAUUAAUUACGCACUGAAAACACAGAUGUGGUUACUGAGGAGCGGUGCAUUCGGGUGUUGUUAAUCUGACCAAGCAAAGCACUUUUUUUUUUUUUUUUUUUUAAAUUUCCCUCCACUUUCUUAUUCUUAAAGCAACCCUCAGGCAUCAGGUAUCCUGUUAGCAGCUUGAUGCCAGCAGAGAUUAUCCACCCUAUGGGCUGCGUGCUUGAAUGAAUAGUGUGGACUCUGGUGCUGGUUGGCUGGUAACCAGACCAAGCAGGUGGAGUUAGAUGAAGAAACUGCACCAGCAUGGAAAAGCUAUUAUACUUAAGCUGGUGACACAUGGCCUGUUUCGAUGGCUAAUUAAGACUUCAGCUGUGAUAACAACUACUGCACAGUCAGCGUGAUAUGAUGAAUGUAUCGUGAUGAAAGGUUGAUUGGUAAAAGUUGCCUAUUUUACAUUUUUGCCUCAGACCUUCCCCCGAUACAGAUUCUGUACCCCGAUUCUGGAUCGAUCACGUUAAAAUCCCGGGGACGUAGCAGUGAAGCAAAUAUGUCAGUUUCAUAAGUCACAUUUUUUUCUGUUGUUCUCAUCGGUUCUCCAGAGUUUUCCAUGUAUAAUUAAACCACUGCCUCUCUCCUGUAUAUGAAAACAUGUUGUAAAUGUUGUCAAUAACAAAUUUCUUUUGUAAAAGAAAGGUUUUAAUAAGAGGUUUAUGGUAACACUAUAUUUUCUUUUUCCUGGUUCAUUUCUGAUGUACAUGAAAAAUGUGCUAUAUAGAAACUUAAUAAAUUAAAUUAAAAAUG